AUGUUGUCUGGUGGAAGAUGUGCGUUUCUGUGCCUUGGAAUGAUCUUGAGCUUUUGGAGCUCCGUGAGUUGGAUGCCCGUUGGAGGAUGCCCGCAUAAAUGUACAUGUAUUGCUUCCAACGUGGAUUGUCACGGACUAGGACUCAAAACUGUACCGAGGGAUAUUCCCAGGAAUGCGGAGAGACUUGAUCUAGAAAAAAAUAAUAUCACAAGAAUCACAAAGACGGACUUCACAGGACUGAAGAAUCUCCGUGUCUUACACUUGGAAGAAAAUCAGAUUAGUGUGAUAGAACGUGGAGCAUUUCAGGAUCUAAAACAACUUGAACGGCUGCGUCUGAACAAGAAUAAAUUGCAAGUUCUUCCAGAGCUGCUUUUUCAGAACACACAGAAGUUAACUAGAUUAGACCUGAGUGAAAACCAGAUAAAAGGAAUCCCUAGAAAGGCCUUUCGAGGAAUCAUUGAUGUGAAGAACUUGCAACUGGACAACAACCAGAUCAGCUGCAUCGAAGAUGGAGCCUUCCGAGCCCUGCGCGACCUGGAGAUCCUUACUCUCAACAAUAACAACAUCACCCGCAUUCCUGUUACCAGUUUCAAUCACAUGCCAAAGAUCAGGACUCUGCGGCUUCACUCCAACUUCCUGCACUGCGACUGCCACCUGGCUUGGCUGUCUGACUGGCUGCGGCAGAGGCGCACUAUCGGGCAGUUCACCUUCUGUUUGGCACCUGUAAACCUGCGCGGUUUUCUUGUGGCGGAGGUUCAGAAGAAGGACUUUGUCUGCUCUGGUCCCCAGUCUGAACCUCCAUCGUGCAGUGCCAGUUCCAUCACUUGCCCAUCUGCCUGCACCUGCAGCAACAAUGUAGUGGAUUGUCGAGGAAGGGGCUUAACAGAAAUUCCAGCUAACCUACCAGAGGACAUUUGGGAAAUACGUUUGGAACAAAACCUCAUCAAAAUCAUUCCCCCUGGAGCUUUUACGCAGUACAAGAAGCUUAAGAGAAUAGAUAUCAGCAAGAAUCAGAUAUCUGACAUUGCGCCUGAUGCAUUCAAAGGCUUGAAAUCUCUCAUUUCAUUAGUGCUCUAUGGAAACAAGAUCACAGAGAUUCCCCAGGGCCUUUUUGAUGAUCUUGUGUCUCUGCAGCUGCUGCUUCUCAAUGCCAAUAAGAUCAACUGCCUGAGGGUAAACACGUUCCAAGGUCUGCAUAAUCUCAAACUGCUAUCUCUUUAUGACAACAAGCUGCAGACCAUCAGCAAGGGGCUCUUUGCACCUCUCCGAUCGAUCCAGACUCUACAUUUAGCUCAGAAUCCAUUUGUGUGCGACUGCCAUUUGAAGUGGCUGGCUGAUUACCUGCAGGAUAAUCCGAUAGAAACCAGCGGCGCUCGAUGCAGCAAUCCGCGUCGCCUUGCCAACAAACGAAUCAGCCAGAUCAAGAGCAAGAAGUUCCGCUGCUCAGGGUCAGAGGAUUACAGAAGUAAAUUCACCGGGAAGUGUUUCAUGGACCUUGUCUGUCCUGAGAAGUGUCGCUGCGAGGGAACAAUUGUAGACUGCUCUAACCAAAAACUCAUCCGAUUACCCAGUCACCUUCCUGAAUAUACUACUGAUCUGCGUCUGAAUGACAAUGAUAUUUCUGUUUUGGAAGCUAUCGGACUCUUCAAGAAAUUGCCCAACCUCAGAAAAAUAAAUCUAAGCAACAAUAAGAUCAAGGAGAUCCGAGAAGGCACAUUUGAUGGAGCUUCAGGAGUGCAGGAACUGAUUCUGACAGAGAAUCAACUGGAAUCAGUGCAUGGACGAAUGUUUAGAGGCCUCACAGGGCUAAAGACAUUGAUGCUGAGGAGCAACUCUAUCAGCUGUAUAAACAAUGACACCUUUGCUGGACUGAGCUCAGUGAGGCUUCUUUCUCUGUAUGACAAUCACAUCAGCACUAUCACCCCUGGAGCCUUCAGCACUUUAGUCUCUUUGUCUACAAUUAAUUUGCUGGCUAACUCCUUUAAUUGUAACUGCCAUUUGGCCUGGCUGGGAAAAUGGUUGAGGAAGAAGAGAAUUGUCAGUGGAAAUCCGCGCUGCUUGAAACCCUUUUUCUUAAAGGAUAUUCCAAUCCAAGAUGUAGAUGUCCAGGACUUCACCUGCGAUGGUAAUGAUGAAAGCAGCUGCUUGCUUUCACCUCCUUGUCCUUCCCAGUGUACCUGUGUGGACUCGGUGGUACGCUGCAGCAACAAAGGGCUGCGGAUAUUGCCCAAAGGAAUUCCCAAAGACGUGACUGAGCUUUACCUGGAAGGAAACCAUCUGACUGCUGUGCCGAAGGGGCUCUCCACUUUCAGACACCUGACACUGAUUGAUUUGAGCAACAACAGCAUAAGCGUAUUGGCCAAUUACACCUUCAGCAACAUGACUCAAUUAUCAACACUCAUCUUGAGUUACAAUAGACUUCGGUGCAUUCCAGUCCACGCAUUCAAUGGGCUCAGGUCUCUUCGAGUGCUGACACUCCAUGGAAACGAUAUUUCCAGUGUUCCCGAAGGUUCUUUCAAUGACCUGGUAUCCCUGUCCCAUCUGGCUCUAGGUACCAACCCUUUGUAUUGUGAUUGCAACCUCCGUUGGCUUUCCGAGUGGGUGAAGGCAGGGUACAAAGAGCCAGGGAUAGCCCGCUGCAGCGGGCCUGACGCCAUGGUGGACAGGCUGCUGCUCACAACGCCGACUCACCACUUCCAGUGCAAAGCUGUAUGGUUUUUAUGUCCAGAGCCAGUAGAUAUCAGUGUUGUGUCCAAGUGUAACCCCUGCCUCUCCAAUCCAUGUAAGAACAAUGGGACAUGCAACAAUGAUCCAGUGGAGUUUUAUCAGUGCACUUGCCAUUUUGGCUUCAAGGGUCGAGACUGCAGUGUGCCCAUUAAUUCCUGCAUUCAAAAUCCAUGUCAGAAUGGAGGGACCUGCCACCUCACUGAGGCAAAUAAAGAUGGAUUCAGCUGUUCUUGUCUCCUUGGGUAUGAGGGGGAGAGGUGUGAAAUAAACCCAGAUGACUGUGAAGAUAAUGACUGCGAGAAUAACUCUACAUGUGUGGAUGGGAUCAACAACUAUGUCUGUCUCUGCCCUCCUAAUUACACAGGUGAACUGUGUGAUGAGGUGAUUAACCACUGUGUUCCUGAUCUAAAUCCAUGCCAACAUGAGUCCAAAUGUGUUCCCCUUGACAAAGGAACCAGAUGUGAGUGCUUGCCAGGUUACAGUGGAAAACACUGUGAAAUUGAUGAUGACGACUGUGUGGGCCAUAAGUGUCGCCAUGGAGCUGUCUGCGUAGAUGCAGUCAAUGGCUACACCUGCGUCUGUCCUCAGGGUUUCAGUGGACUCUUCUGUGAAACUCCUCCACCAAUGGUUCUUCUCCAGACGAGCCCAUGUGAUAACUACGAGUGCCAGAAUGGGGCCCAGUGCAUCGUCGUGCACCACGAGCCCGUCUGCCGCUGCCUUGCUGGCUUUGCUGGGCAGAAAUGCGAGAAGCUCAUCACAGUCAACUUCGUUGGGAAGGAUUCCUAUGUGGAGCUGCCAUCAGCCAAAAUUCGCCCUCAGGCAAACAUCUCCCUCCAGGUAGCAACGGACAAGGACAACGGCAUCUUAUUAUACAAAGGAGACAAUGAUCCUUUGGCUCUGGAAUUGUACCAAGGACACGUGAGGCUCAUCUAUGACACGCUGAAUUCUCCCCCCACCACAGUAUACAGUGUGGAAACAGUAAAUGAUGGGCAGUUUCAUAGUGUGGAACUCGUGAUGCUGAAUCAAACUCUGAACCUGGUGGUGGACAAGGGGACGCCCAAGAGUCUAGGAAAACUCCAGAAACAGUCUCCUGUCAGCCUCAACACACCCCUCUACAUUGGAGGGAUCCCAACCUCUACGGGAUUAUCUUCACUGCGCCAGGGUGCAGAUAAGACACCAAAUGGUUUUCAUGGAUGUAUUCACGAUGUCCGCAUCAAUAACGAGCUGCAGGAUUUCAAGGAUUUACCACAGCAGUCACUAGGAGUCCUUCCUGGCUGCAAAUCCUGUAACAUCUGCAAGCACGGUAUUUGCCGGUCCCUAGAGAAAACAAGUGUGAUUUGUGAGUGUCACCCAGGCUGGACAGGCCCCCUGUGUGACCAGGAAAUUGGAGACCCGUGUCUUAACCACAAGUGUCUGCAUGGUAAGUGCACAGUGGCCACUGUUGCUUACACCUGUAAGUGCAUGGAGGGCUACACAGGCAUGUACUGUGACAAGAAGAACAAUUCCUCAAAUCCCUGCAGGAUUUUGAAAUGCAACCACGGGCAGUGUAAAAUUUCCGAGCAUGGGGAACCCUACUGCGAAUGCGAUCCAAACUAUAGUGGAGAACAUUGUGACAGAGAGAAUCUCUGCCAAGGAGAGAUAAUUCGAGAAGUAGUCCGUAAGCAGCAGGGCUACACAUCAUGUGCUACUGCCUCCAAAGUACCCCGUCUGGAAUGCCGCGGCAGCUGCGGCAACGGGCAGUGCUGCGUUCCUCUCCGGAGCAAAAGGCGGAAAUACUUCUUCCAGUGCAUGGAUGGCUCCACCUUCACGGAAGAACUGGAGAGACAUGUGGAAUGUGGCUGCUCCAAAUGCUUAUAAGCCAUUCUCCAGUCUCUUGCCACUUUAAUCGACUCAGAAGCGCUAUCAAAACGGGACCUAUUUACUUUCAGAGUGAAGAAGAAGAAAAGAAUUAUUAAGUAUAUUGUAAAAUAAACAAAAAAUAGAACUUAUUUUUAUUAUGGAAAGUGACUAUUUUCAUCUUUUAUUAUAUAAAGUAUCGCACCACUUUGGGUAUAUGUAUCAUAUAGUGAGUUAUUUUUACCAUGAAACUUUUUUAACAGUUGUAAGAAAAA